AUGAAAUAAUUUAUUCAAUGCUAUUCCAAAGAAAAGAUUUAAUAGGUCGAUAAAUUAGGUCAACAGUUGGAUGAAUAAAAUUAGAAGCUGUUUAAAGAUAAAUCAACUGUUGAUUCUAUCAAGUUUGAUCUUGAAACAAUUCAAACUAAAAUAAUCAAUUAAUUUUAUGAAAAGGCCCAAGAAAUGGAAAAAUAAUUCUCACAAAUUGAUUCAACCUAUGUAAAUAUCUCUCUUGUAUUACUUAGGAAUAAUUAUUGAUCUUAGAGUAAAGACUCAAAGAUUAAUUAAAGUGA